AUGAUGGAAUUAAAUCUAACACGGGUUGACUAUAUGCAGGCUGGAGCAACUUCACAAAAAUGCAUGAGUCUCUUGCCGCCUGUCUUAGGGAAAACACAGAAGGUGGUGAUGGGUGACCAGGAAGGCCUGUUUCAGUGUAUAGGAAUGAAGAAAGGAGAACCACAGCAUGUAUUCAAGACAAACAUUUCUAAGAAAAUAAAUCGAAUAGAACUUGGAGGACCUAUUGGGGGAACACGCGAGCGAAUCUUCCUGGCAGUUGGUUCAGAGGUCAAAGGGUUUACCAAAAAAGGAAAGAAUUUUUUGAAGUUUGACACUAACCUCUCAGAACCUAUUCAAUCCAUAUAUGUUGAAGGAUCUGAAUUACUGACAUGUGGAAAUUUUGUAUAUAAUCAUUAUCAUGAUUGUAAAGACACAAAUUAUUUCCUUUCUGGUGACAAGAUUUCAGAUAUUGUAUGUCUGCCAAUGGACCGUAACCCAGAUAUUACCCCCAUCCUUGCUUGUCAGGAUCGUGUGCUCAGAGUUCUCCAGGAAUCUGAGCUGUUAUAUGAAGUAGAAGUGCCUGGUCCACCAACAGUGCUGCAGCUGUAUGGUAAUACUGCAGGAGAGGAUGGAAAUGAGAUAUUGUAUGGGACGUCUGACGGCAGAGUGGGACUAGUACAGAUCAGCAAGGAAUGCCCAUCACACAAGUGGGAAUUGCCAAAUGAAAAACGAAAUGGAGGUGUGAUGUGUAUUGACAACUUCGACAUCACAGCAGAUGGUGUGCUUGAUCUGUUGUUGGGACGAGAUGAUGGACAGGUAGAGGUGUACAGUUAUGAUGAAUCAGAAGACCCUGUCCACAGAUAUAGUCACACUUGCAGUGAGAGUGUAACAGCUAUACACGCUGGCAAUGUAGCGACUGCGGGCUAUGACGAGAUUGUCUGUUCUACCUAUCCAGGAUGGCUUUUCAGCCUUACCUCCGAGCCUCAUAUCAAGACUGUAGGCCCACAAACCUCCCAGAUCCUCACUUUUGAGGGCAGGGAUAAAAUAAUAGGGCUUAGGUCGGAGCUGGAUACACUCCAGCAGAAGGUAUUGGACGAGCGAGAAAAGUAUCAGCAGACAGCUAACAGUCAGACAGCGAUAUCAGCCAUACCUAACUUCAGCAUUAAUGACAAGUUUGUUCUGAAUCGGGAGGAUGCCAGCUACACUCUCAGUCUGGAGCUUCAAAUGCCUAUUGAUAAUGUACUCCUUCAGAGUGAUGUGCCCAUUGAUCUACUUGACGUUGAGAAGAACUCGGCAGUGGUUAGCUACAGCGCUUGUAACCCAGAGGAUGGGAAUUUCCUGCUAGCAACUUACCGUUGUCAAGCCAACACAACACGGUUAGAGCUCAAGAUACGCUCCAUUGAAGGACAGUAUGGGACCCUACAAGCCUAUGUCACACCACGGGUUCAACCAAAAACCUGCCAGGUCCGUCAAUACCAGAUCAAACCUCUGUCACUUCACCAGCGCACACAUGUGUUUGAUGAUACCAGACCCCUGAACACUGUGAAGUUGACUGGUCAGUUUAGCUUGGCAGAGAUGCACUCCUGGGUAUCCUUCUGUCUACCAGAGCUCCCGGAGAGAACCCCACCUGGAGAUGUACUAACUUUCCAUUUUGUCUCCACAUUCCUUGACACAUUACUUGAAUGUGAAUACAGGAAGGGCCAGGCAGUGUUUAAGUCUGACAACAUUUCUACAGUUUCCAUUCUCAAAGAUGUCCUUACCAAGGAAGCCACAAAGAAGAAGAUUCGAUUGGACAUUACAUAUGAUAUCGUGGAGGAUUCUGUACCCUACACUCUGAACUUGAUUCACCCUAAACUAGAGUACCAACUGUUACUGGCCAAGAAAGUGCAGCUUAUUGACGCCCUCAAGGAGUUGCAGGUACAUGAAAAUGACAUGAGUUUCAUGUCACCAGAAUAUCGUCAGAUCUUAGAAGAUGCAGAUGCACUACAGGUGGAGUACAAACGACAACCCUGCCAUCUAGAGAGACUUUAUGGAAUGAUUACUGAUCUGUAUAUAGACAAGUUCAAGUUCAAAGGUCACAAUGUGAAAGGAAAGGUGCCUGCUCUUCUCGAAGUCCUAGAUAACUACGAUCUUCAGUCCCUUGUGCAGUUCUUUGAGUCAGCGUGAUGAUGUGGACAUAUUACAGUCGUGGAAUCAAACUAGCAUUUAAUUAGAUUACAGAAUCUUGGACAAAAAUUUGCAUUACAUCUCCAAUUCCUGAGACCACUUUCGCAUAAUGUCAAAGUUGUGAGCUUUUGUGAAGAUCCAAUCACAAAUUUCCAUUAGUUUUAAUAUAUGAAUGUAAGAACACAAUUUAGACUUAUAUUAAGUUACUGCAUGUGCAAUUUUAUAAGCAAUGUAACCCUGAUACCAGGUCAUUGUUGUACAGAUUUGAGAAAGACACUAAUUCCUCUGUAUUUAGUGAAGUGCUUAUGAAAUGCUUUGUAAACUACCAGUGCAAGCAUACCUGUAUUUCCUACCUUGCUUUCAUUGUAGCUUAUACGAAGAUUGGUAAAUGAACAAGGAACAAGCUAGGUAUUUAAGUCUUCUUUACAUUAGAACUAGCAUGACCCAUUUUCUACAAUGUAAAGAUAGUUUGUGUAUAUCAGAUCAUUAAGCUUUCAAGUGUAAUACUGCAAAGUUGCGAUUUUAAAAAUGUUAAUUAAUUGUCAUUAUUUAUUCAAAAUUUCUAAUGCUUAUAUACUACAACAUAAUUUUUUCUCUUUCCUAAAUAAAAACAUUGAAGUAAAACAAUGUUUUAGCAUCUGAAAAGACUGAAAAUAGUAUUGAAUUGUGACUAGAUCUGUGAUAUAUGUUGUACAGCACAGAAUUGGUAUUGAUGAAUACAAUUUCUUAGGAUAUAUUUUGUUUUUUUGAGUCCGUCCAAAAUGAUGUAUAUUUUGUAAGCAUCAUUGUAUGUCUGUAACUUAUAUUUAUUUAUUGUAUAGAAAUGUUUAUAUUUUUCACAUGUACUGAGUUUUUUAAGGUUGUCUCUGUAAACAAAUAGCAAAUAACAUGAAGACCACUUCUAUUUAUUAAUGUCCAGAGGAGUUUACCAAAGUUAAUCAUUUGUAUUAGGAAAUAUCCUUUGAUGAUGCUGACACAGACAAAUAGUUGUUCAAUUUUUUUUUUUAAAUAUUCAUUUCGUAGAGAUGUAAUAAAUUAUCAUAGAGAUUUCAGCAUUCAGUAUGAAAACAAAGAAGUGAUAAGUAUAUGUCUUUGAAAUAUUGAACCUACAUUUCAGUCAAACACAAAGAUUUUACAGAUACAUGUUUAUAGGCUCCUUAUGUGCUGUACAUUCUGGAUUUAAAUAUUAAAAAUCUUAUAGGGAAGUAAUUCUCCUGAAACAUUGUAGAAUGUAUGUAAUACAGGUAGAGAGACAUGUAGGUUCUCAGGUUGUGUGAGAAAAGUGCAUUGUUUUACAGAUUGAUUAUUCAAGGCAUGUAAAUUUAAAAUUAUUAUGUUGAACUAACAUGUACUUGUAAUGCACACAAUUAUCAUUUUUCAUAUAUCUUUCAUUUAAGUGAAAAAAGUAAGACAACGCCUUGUACAUGUAGUAAGUGUUAUAUUUAUGUCUCAAGUAUAGAGGAAGUAAAGAUAACAUAUCAUAGUUAUAAGCUGAGUAAUCGUUUGUAUUGUAAUGAAAGGAUAUCUGUUUCUGAUCCAAUUGCAAGUUUAUGAAAUGUUUAAAAUGCAAUGUGUGUAAAGGCUGAUGGUUACUGAAUGGAGGAAUAAAAGGGAAAAUUGUUA